AUGCUUCUGAAGAAGAGCCUCAAGUCUGAAGACUACACAUCUCGGAUGACUCAUAACUACGAAGACUUGGCUACUCCGUAUAUAGAUGGAUGGACUCCCUGCAACGAUGAGAUGGAGAAGUUAAAACUUCAGCUUCAGCAUCUUCAACGCGAGAAUGAAAACCUGAAGAAGAAGACACUCUGUCUAUCCAGCUAUAAGGACAAUGAAGUGAAUUUCCACUACAUGACCAAUCUACCAAACUACAAUACUUUUGAAGUACUGGCUAUGUUUCUGCAUAGAAGAUGUGACGGGGGGCUUAACUACUGGAGACAUCAACAGUCAUGUAACAACACACGUCGUUCCAUUAAGAAGCCUGGAAAGGAACGCACACUAAACUUCCAAGAGGAACUAUUUCUUGUGCUCGUGCGACUUAAGCGAGGUAUGGAGUUAAGAGACAUGCAUUUGAGAACUGGAGUAAGUGUAUCUACUUUGUCAAGAAUCUUCACAACUUGGAUCGACUUCAUGAACAACGAGCUGACUGCCUAUUUUGAGAUGGUCGCAGUUGAUCUCAGUCAUGUGCAGACAAUGCCAUGUAUGGCCCCAUUUCCAGAAGUGACGAUAACGCUUGACUGCACAGAACUCUUCUCACAGCGCUCUAUGGACCUUCAGGUACGAAAAGAAACAUUUUCCAACUACAAACACCAUGACACUGUGAAAUUGCUAGUUGGAAUGGGCCCACGUCAAGCUGUGAAUUUUGUGUCAGCAGCGUUGGGAGGAAGAGCUACAGACAAACACAUAACACUCAACAGUGAGAAGCUCAUGUCCAACCUAGCUCCAGGUUCCAGCGCCAUGGCCGACCGCGGUUUCCUUGCGACUGAAGAACUCCGCUCACUUGGUGUUAAGAUGAUAAUGCCACAUUUCAAGGGCAGAGACAGGCCUCAGUUCUCUGCUACUGAAGCUUGGCGCUCAGCGCAAAUCAGCAGUGCACGUAUACACAUCGAACGUGUCAUCCAACGCAUCAAAACUUUCCACAUUCUUGAGAACUCCAUCCGAAUGGACCAAAAGGAUAUGAUUGAACAAACAUUUAGAGUUUGUUCAUACCUUGUUAAUCUGCAAAGACCUAUUUUAAACGAUUAA